CCCAGCCCCUCCCCCACACUGUCAGUAUGUUUGGGUCCGGAAACGUAAUCUGAUCCUAAACCGUGUGAUGUGAGUGAGCUCUCCUCCGAACUGGAGCACACACUCACCGUGGGAAUCCCAGCCGAACAGAUCUCCUCUCCUGGUUACAAGUAUCCGUUGCAGCCAUGGGUGGAGGAAUGAGCCAGGUACUACCUGGUUUACACCUUGGAAAUAUUAGGGAUUCAGAGGAUAAGCUUUCCUUGUGUACAAAUGGGGUCACGCACAUUGUGUCUGUCCAUAACAAUGCCAAACCUCUUCUCCAGGAAAUGAACUACCUCUGUAUAGCGGCCUCUGAUUCAGCCAGCCAGAAUCUGAUCCAGCACUUUAAAAAGUGUAUCCGGUUUAUUCACGAGUCUCGGCUCCAUGGCGGUGGAUGUCUAGUUCACUGCCUGGCUGGAGUAUCUCGCAGCACAACUAUUGUGGUGGCUUAUCUCAUGACCGUGACAAGUUUGAGCUGGGAAGAGUGUCUUUCAGCUGUGAAAUGCGUCAGGUCCUAUGUCGACCCAAACUUUGGUUUUCAGCAGCAGCUUCAGGAAUACCAGAUGAAUUACGUUACAGAGUACCGAGCCUGGUUGCGACAGGAGUACGGGAGAAAUCCUUUUGAUGACCAAGGCACAGUGGAGAUGUUGGUUUCCCAACAAAGGCAAAAGGAACAACUGAGACAUGCACAGUACCACUGGAUUAACCAGCCUAAUAUAGAGUAUCCACUCCCUUACAGAGCCUAUGGAUCCAGCAGCAAAUGGACGAAUACCUAGGUGGGGGUCAGCCGCACGUGCCCUGCCUAGAGGUAAAACGUAGGGUUUUUUUUACCUCUACCAAAGAGACAUUCGUUUGUACCAAUGUGUGUUUGUGGUUGUUUGCCUGGCAAGGAAAUUAUUAAAGAGAACCAUUAAUCUAUCUUGCACUAUUAACAGGACUGAGCAGUGCCUGUGUGAUAUUUCUUUUGCAAAAUAAAGUUUAUAUUCUUAUUUGAACAAUUAUAA